CCUGACGCACCGGGGGCGGGGCGGAAGUGACCKCACUGCGGCGGCGGAAGUGGCUGCGCGCGUUGGGGGCUCAAGAUGAAUCCCAGAGGCAGUGCAUCUCUGUUGAAGGAUAGUAUCUCAUUUACAGAAGUUUCGGCUACAGGGCUAUUUGAAGGUCAUGAUCUUCUGCGCAGAGGUUUUACAAGCGUCAAAAAUGAACUGUUGCCCAGCCACCCGCUGGAAUUGACAGAAAAGGAUUUCCAGUUAAAUCAAGACAAAACAAACUUUGCCACGCUAAGAAAUAUUCAAGGAAUCCAUGCACCUUUAAAGCUGCAGAUGGAAUUCAGAGCAGUGAAACAGGUCCAACGUCUCCCAUUUCUUCACAGCUCAAACAUGGCAAUGGAUAUUUUGAGGGGAAAUGAUGAAUGCAUUGGUUUUGAGGAUAUCCUUAAUGAUCCUUCCCAGAGUGAGGUUAUGGGAGAACCACACAUCAUGAUGGAGCACAAACUCGGUUUAUUGUAACAAAAUAAUACUUCACAAAAAUGUUUUGUGUGUGUCUUUCUACUGCAGAUCUGAGUACAUGGUACUGAAUUGACACUCACAGUGUUAAGCAGUCCUAGUUAUCACUGGCCUUCCUUGAUGAAAAGGCACAUUAAAUGUCUAAAGUCUAUAAAUYGUUUUGUGCUUGUUAUCAAUCAUACAAAUGUCCUGUAACUAGGUAGUUUAAAUAAUGCCUUUUCAUAGCUCAGGACAAUAGCUUCUUAAAUAUGGAAAUGCUAUGUAUGUAUUCAARAAAUUAAAAAAUACCCAUGCAUUUUAAAGCUGACUACUGUAGGUUAAUGCAUUUAAUGGAGGAAGAGGAAGGUAUUCUCCAAUGCGUAACUCUGUUCAUGAAAAUUUCCAUACACUUUAAACUGUUGAAUAAAAGUUUGCUAUAAAAAAAUGAUGUUGUGUUCCAAAACAUAUUUAAUCCUAAAUCAAGAAUCUUUUAUCCGUGACACAACGUUGUCCCCUUUUCUUGCAAUCUCUUUAAAAGUCUUUAACUUCUGCGCUGCCAGUGGUAUCCUGCUACAUAUACAUAGUAGAGAUACAUAGUAUCUCUCUCUUUGACAGUUGUUUGUGAGUGAGCUAUUAAGCUCCUGUGUAGAAUUGGAAACAUUGCUCUAAGAAUGAAAUUAAACGCCUAAUUUUUUUCAUGUGUGUCCCUGAGAGGRUGUUAUGGUUUCUGAAAGUAGAAGCAAGUUUCACUUGGGGUUUAAAAAGAUGUUAUAAAAUGUUUGUGAAAAUAAUGCAAAAAAUCCCAGGUCUAAGUAUUUUAGUAUUAAGAAGGAAUGCAGUGCCUAAUUAUGAAAGUACCUAAUAAAGCUGCUGCAGUAAGAACUGGAGGAUAUGGUGGCACAGAUACAGAAAUAGUUAUUUGUGGGUUUACAAAAAUCAGAUCUCAAGGAAUAAUGAGAGUUAUACUUUAAUGCAACUUUUAAAGGAGCAGACCAMUGGAAGGGUUUUUGUGUGCCUAAGUGUCUUUAUUUAUUACAUUUGGGGUUGUAACAACUAUUUCUGGUAUCAUACAUGUAUAUGUUAUGUAAAUCCUGCAAGGCAGCUAAUACAAUGUGGCAUAUUAUGAAAAAAAGUCUGUGGUUCAGAAAAUGGUAUGUCUUGUCAUAUGUGAGCAACUUGAAUCAGUAUUUCURAAACAGGAACUGUCUUUAUUCAACAGGGUUUUAUGACUUGGUUAAAUGUAAUUAGUGUUCUGUUGUAGAUAAUUUUAGCAGAAAUGUUGCUAUAAACCUCUUUUUACCAUUGCAAACAUCUCUUGUGCUUUUCAGUGGGCUUAUAGCUACUACAAAUUCCUUAUCUAUAUGGGCCAAAACCUCUAGCUUCUGUCCUGUAAAUUUUAUAAUGCUUUUAUGUGCAAAACAUGGCAGCAUUUUGUAAGCAAUUAAGAUAAUAGUAUGACUYGGUAGUUCUGUUUUUAUUUGGUUCUGUUUUUAAACUUGUUUUAUUUAUGAAGUGAAGCUUCUAUAAUUGUCUUUCACUUGAGACUUGCAGAGAUUGGAGGCUUGUGCUGUGCUGUACAAGCUAUUUAAUUUGGGGKUUUUUUUCCCUUACAGAGGACCAAUAAAUUGAAGGUCUACAUGCAAAUGUAGACCUACUCACA